AGUUCAAAAAGGAGGGAAACAGAACGCAAAACCCUAAAUAGAGUGGUUAAUUUCCUCUGUCUUCUCUGCUCUUGCCCGUUGGUAUUCGUCUCCUUCCUCCCAAGUCCCUUCUUGUAUCUGUAAAAAUAUGUGUUCCUAGCUGGUAUUGUUUCAUUUCUUUUAUAUCUUUGGGAAGCUUCAGUGCCUUCUAUGGCGAGGCUUCUACGAAACGUUUCUUCGUUGAAAGGCUCUUUAUUCUCUCCAGGGGUCUUGAAGAGAGGUGUUUUGGGGACAACUUCUCAACUUUGCAACUUCUCUUCUAAAGGUAGAAGGAGAUCCAAGUCGGACGGAAGUUCAUCAUGUGAGGAAAACAUGUCAAAAAAAGAGCUUGCCCUACAGCAAGCCUUGGAUCAGAUUACAAGCUCUUUUGGGAAGGGAUCGAUCAUGUGGCUUGGUCGUGCUGUCUCCCCCAAAAAUGUACCAGUGAUUUCCACAGGCUCAUUUUCUUUGGAUAUAGCAUUGGGGACUGGUGGACUUCCAAAGGGACGUGUGAUAGAGAUAUAUGGCCCAGAAGCUUCUGGAAAGACGACGCUUGCUCUACAUGUAAUUGCUGAAGCACAAAAGCAAGGAGGCUACUGUGUUUUUGUAGAUGCUGAGCAUGCUCUUGAUUCAGCGCUUGCUGAGGCUGUUGGGGUAAACACUGAGAAUUUGCUUAUUUCGCAACCAGAUUGUGGUGAACAGGCUCUCAGUCUUGUUGAUACCAUUAUUCGCAGUGGUUCUGUUGAUGUUGUAGUUGUUGACAGUGUAGCUGCCCUUGUGCCUAAAGGUGAACUUGAUGGUGAGAUGGGUGAUGCCCACAUGGCGAUGCAAGCUAGAUUGAUGAGCCAGGCACUCCGCAAAUUGAGCCAUUCACUGUCGUUAUCACAGACUAUAUUGAUCUUUAUAAACCAGAUUAGGUCAAAACUUUCAACUUUUGGAGGAUUUGCUGGGCCCUCGGAAGUUACCUGUGGAGGUAAUGCCUUGAAGUUCUAUGCUUCAGUGCGUCUUAAUAUAAGGAGAAUAGGGUUUCUCAAGAAGGGAGAAGAGACUACUGGAAGUCAAGUUUCUGUGAAAGUUGUCAAGAACAAGCUUGCACCUCCAUUUAAAACUGCUCAAUUUGAUCUUCAGUUUGGCAAGGGAAUUUGCAAAGCAUCAGAAAUAAUAGAUUUAGGAUUAAAGCACAAGUUCAUAUCAAGGGCUGGAUCCUUCUAUGGUUUCAAUGAUCAGAACUUCCAUGGAAGAGAGAGUUUAAGACAGUUCCUGGCUCAGAAUGAUAGUGUGCGAGAGGAGCUCAUGGCUAAACUUAGGGAGAAGAUUCUUGAUCCUGAGAUGCAGAAGGAAUCAAAGACACAAGUUACGGAUGAAAUCCUUGCAGAAACAAUUGUUUCAUCUGAUAGUACUGACGAAGAAACAAUUGCUGCAGUUGAAGCAUAGGUUUCGUAUGACCUCCAAAGCUCUAAUCCUAAAAGGUGUCACCCCUCUUUAGUUCCCUUUGUGGGUUUGGUCCCUCUGAAGUUUGUGUUUAACCUUCUUCUGGGAAAUCAGUUCUAUGUGGGUGUUCAACACAUAGGUUGUAUGUGUUGUGGUGACAUCCGAAAGAUUAAGAUUGGUUGAUGUCCACUGUAAUUUGAAUAGCUUGUAUUUAAAUAGUUUUGUUAAAAUAGUGGACGAAGAAGUUUUCUCUGCACUUUAAAGGGAAAUGACAGAGAAAUCAGGGAUAUGUGAUCAUAAAAAAGUUCUAGAUGGUCGGCUGUAUUUUAUGUCGAAAGUGACCUGUAAGGAUGUACAUGUACCUUAAUGGAAAUCUAAAAGAAGCCCUGAAAUUCUCAUAUUGGUAUUC